CGUCAUUUGUAUUGUUCCAAAUUUUCUUUCAAUAUGUCGACGAUCUCGUCGCCGACGACUAAUCUUGGCGAAGCUGUACCGCCACUGUGGAGAUCAUGUCGCCUCGCAUUCACAGCAUGUGCAUUUUGUGCAACAAUGAAUUUGAUGUUUGUGAAAUUAAGUAUCAAUUUCGCUAUUGUUUGCAUGAAUCUGAAGAAAACUGAUGCGAAUAGCUCAUCGGAAGUCAGUUUCGAUUGGGAAAAAGAAACCGUUGGACAUAUACUGUCGGCAUUUUUCUACGGAUAUCUAUUGACAUUACUGCUGGGUGGGUGGUUGGCUCAAUAUUUAUCCGCCAGAACAUGUUUCAUAGUUGGUAAUGCAGUGGCAGCUGUUCUAAAUUUUCUUAUACCCGUGUCAGCAUACGCUGGUCCGUGGUAUUUAUAUGCCGUUCGAUUUCUUCAAGGAACAUUUUUGGGAAUCAUGUUGCCAUCAAUACAAUUGAUUUUCUCUACGUGGUCACAUUCAGAUGAAAGAACAAAAUUGGUUUCGUUAAGCUCGAUGGGCUACACCGUUGCUCUAAUACUGGUGAAUCCCAUCACGAGCCUAUUUUGCUAUUUAAGUCCAGCAAUGGGAUGGUCCUAUAUCUUUUACUUUACAGGAGUACUAAUGGUGGCUUCUGCUGUUGCAUAUUAUUUUGUCGUGUUUGACACUGUACAUCAGCAUCCAAGAAUAUCAGCACGAGAAAAAGAAUACAUUUUGUCCGGAAUAGGUGCUCAACAUGAAAAGAAAGCGAUACCAUACAAGAGCAUUUUGUCCAGCGUUCCUGUAUAUGCGUACUACAUCACUCAUUUUUGUCAAGUUUUCGGUUACGCAGCGCUAUCGACAUCAUUGCCAUUCUUUAACAAAGAAGCGUUGGGUCUUAAUGUUAUAGAGAAUGGACUUAUAUCGGCCAUACCAGCAGUUCUAUCAACGAUAACCCGAUUUACAAUCGGCAUUUCCUUUAAACCAGUGCACUCACUUACGAAACUGUCGCUGACAAAAUUUCGAAAAGUUACUCAUGUUCUGGGCACAUUAAUUCCGGCAGCGUUUUUCUUGGUUGUAACGUUGAUACCCGAUAAUAAGAUAACCAUUCUCGUCUUACUAUGCGUGUCGAUUAGCAUUUGCGAUCUUGGCUAUUGUGGCUCGUAUUUUCCAUCACUAAUCGACAUUGCACCGAACUACACAGGAUUUUUAAGUGGCAUUGGUACUGCAGUUGCUAAUUUACCAUUUAUUGUUGUCGCCGAAAUUUUGGGAAAUUCAAUCAAAGAGGGCACCCUUGAGCAAUUCAAAAUUUUGUGGUACUCUUGCUCUGGUACGUACAUUGUCGGAUGCAUUGUGUAUGUUUCAUUUGGUACAUCAAUUCGACAAAAUUGGGGCUGAGUGACGAUUUCGAGGAAUAUUUGUUUUUUUUAUGAUUCAGUUUAUUGAGCUCAAUUGGAACACUUUGGCAAUAAAUUUUGUUCGUUGUAUAUGCAAAGAGCAAA